AGUGGAUGCAACGGUUGAAAUCCCGCAAGGAUUCGUAACGGUGAACAAUCAAACAUCACACUUGUGCAUCGUGUAGAUGCACGUGCCAAACUACACAACCGCCGUUCGCUGUUUCUCGGUUGUUCCACCUGACAAUCAACCCUCUUCUCUUUAGCUUCUGGUCGGCGACUCAUACGAAACAGUUGGCUUUCCCUUUCUGGUUCUGCUCGAAUUCUUGAAAUCUAACUGAAAUAAAAGAUCGAUUCGAUAUUGGAAAUCUCCGUUCCUGAAUCUCGUUCUUGGGAAAAUUUUCGAGUUUUGAAUGAAGUUGGUGCUUUACACCUAUCAAAAGAGAAAAAAAAAAGGUGCCUUAAAUUCGAUUUGAAUUGAUUCAAAGGAGAAAGAGUGUUCUUCAAGUAAUUUAUUGAUUAAUGUAUUCAGUAAUCUCUGUAGAUUACUAGUCCCGCUUAUUGGACAACUAGACGUUCAUUUUGGUGCCAUAGGUGAUAAUUGAAGCUCGUAAUAGGUCAAAUUCGAGACUAGUUUUGGAUUAAUUGUUCUGCUUGUGCGUUGAAUUGCUUCGGAAUUGUCUUGAUGGAGAAUUCUGAGGCAAAAGACGAAGUUUCUUAUUCAGGGACUCGCUCAAAUGGUCAAGAAGGGGAAGGGGAAGGGGAAGGGGAAGGGGAAGGGCAAGGGAAAGUUGCAGCAUCAGGUUCAGAUGCAACUGGUUCCUAUGGAGUUGUAGAAAUAUCUCCAGAGUUGUUGAAGAACACACCUUCGAACAUUGCACGGUUGGAAGAUGUGAUUGAGCAAUGCAGAGGUCGGCAGAAGUAUCUUGCACAGACCAGGAGCCCUUCUGAUGGGGAGGAUGUGAGGUGGUACUUCUGCAAGGUCCCUCUAGCAGAGAAUGAGUUAGCCGCUUCAGUUCCUCGAACACCGAUUGUGGGGAAGAGCGAGUAUUUUCGGUUCGGUAUGAGGGAUUCGCUUGCUCUGGAGGCUUCUUUUUUGCAGAGAGAGGAAGAGUUGCUUUCUUGUUGGUGGAAAGAGUAUGCAGAAUGCAGUGAAGGUCCAAGAGUGCACCAACUUCGAUCUGAUACAAAAUCGGGUGUGCCACUAAAAUCUGAUGUUGGUAAAUCAAACCAACUGUAUACAGUUGAAGAAGCAGAAAGAGUGGGAGUGCCUGUAAAGGGAGGUCUGUAUGAGGUAGAUUUAGCUAAAAGACACUGUUUUCCUGUUUAUUGGCAAGGAGAAAAUAGGCGUGUUUUAAGGGGUCACUGGUUUGCUCGUGAAGGUGGUCUUGAUUGGCUUCCAUUGCGUGAAGAUGUUGCUGAGCAAUUGGAAUUUGCAUAUCGCAGCCAGGUCUGGCAUCGGAGAACAUUUCAACCAUCAGGCCUUUUUGCAGCUCGAGUAGAUUUACAAGGUUCUACCCAAGGGUUGCAUGCACUUUUCACUGGGGAAGAUGAUACUUGGGAGGUUUGGAUGAAUUACGAUGCCUCUGGUUUUUCAAAUGUUGUUGGUUUAAGAGGAAAUGGCAUUAAAUUAAGGCGUGGGUAUUCUUCGUCUGGGUCUCUGAAACCAACUCAGGAUGAAUUACGUCAGCAGAAAGAGGAAGAAAUGGAUGAUUACUGUUCCCAGGUGUGUGUUCUCUAGUAUUUAAAGUGCUUCAAUCGUUCACUGGAUAGUCUAUACAGUUUUCUUUUAGAGAUUUCUU